AUGACAUUACUCAUACACUUACUUUUAGGAAUUGGAGUUAAUUAGAUUUUGGCGAGAGAAACUGUAAAUCUAAAUCUUAUAAAGAAUGAGAAAAACGAGAUCAAGUUGGCAUUCGGUUCAUGCUAUGGAAUCUUUGAUAGAAAGAGUGACAUUUUUAAAACUAUUACUGAAAACGAUCCUGCACUAUGGAUAUGGCUAGGAGAUGCUGCAUAUACUGAUAAUGUCAGACUUGCAGGAGGUACAAAAUUUUUCUUAAACAUUUUAGUGCUUAAAGAUAACUCCAUGCCUACAAACUAUGCAUAACAUAGAUUUGAAAUGACUAUUGAAGAUAAGUAUUAUCAAAAACUAUUAUAAAAGACACCAGUUGUGGGAGUAUGGGAUGAUCAUGAUUAUGGUUGCAAUAAUGGGGAUAAGACAUUUAAAAAUAAAAGGCAAAUGAGAGAUAUAUUUUUAGACUUUAUUGGAGAACCUAAUAAUACAUAGAGAAGACUUGAGAUAGAUACAGGGAUCUAUUAGGACUAUGUCUACUUUGACAAUGAAGAGAACAUUAAAAUUCAUUUGAUUUUGGUAGAUAUCAGAUAUGACUUUGAUGAAAAGACUUAAGAUAGAUUUGGAGAAGAGUAAUUAGCAUGGCUUGAUAGAAUACUUGGAGAGAACAAAGAUAGUAACUUGACUCUCAUAGGAAUGGGCGUCUAAGCUUUAGUAGAUAGAUAUUUCUUUACAGAAGCUAUUAAUUGGAAAUCAAAGGAAAUGCUUUUUGAUUUGAUAAGAAAACAUUAAAAGAGUGGAGUGUUUGUUUUAUCUGGUGAUGUCCACUUUGCCUAGUUCUAUCAUACUAAUUGCAAAAGCUUAACUGGUUAUGAUGUUUAAGAAUUAACAUCUAGUGGAAUGACUCAUCAUGUGAAUAGCUUUUUUAAAAUUGGUCAUCAUGUACUAAACUAUGUCACCCCUCUUUUUUGGAACGUAUAUGUUAACUAUAAUUUUGGAUUGCUAAAGACUAGAAAAAUUGGAGAUGACUUAGAGUUUACUAUCUAAGUAAAAACCCUAGAUGAUUAAAUUGCUCUUGAAAAGGUAUUAAUGAUUAACAGAGAUAUGAAAUAUGAUGAGGAAAAUAAUAGAUAUCAAGGAAUGUGCAAAGCAAUUCACUCCAAAAGCAGAAUAGGAAUCUAGUUUCAUCACUAUUUGUAUAUGUUUAUUGUUAAGAGACAUUGGUUGAUGUACCUAUUAAUAAUGAGUAUAUUUGGUGUAAAGUCUUUGCUUUUAGCUGGAGUUAUUAGAUUAAUAAGAAAAACUUCAGGGUUAUGCAGAUAGAGCAAAGUCAAGGUUAAUUGA